AUGGCCCAUUCUUCAGACACUUUCUCUUCGUCCCACAUAGUACCAAUAAGCUUUGUAAGGUGGGCCACCAGGGGAUUUCCGCCUUCUUUGAAGAGGGCUGGAUACAGACCGUCCGGUCUCGGUGUCUUCUCACGUUUCGGUACGGUUCAUCAUCAGCGACAGCAUGACAUCAGUGUUCAACACCAAUGCUUCACUGUCGCACAUCAAUACGGCUAUUUCAUACCUUAUUUCUUCUUCCGAAGUGCGAUCAAGGUUUACAUUCCAUUCGCCCGUAUGCAUUAUCUCCACCGGCUGUGUUGCAGGAGGCCAGCUGAACUGCUCUUCGAAGUGAGGACGAUUAGGGUCCUCAACCAAAGCCUUUGGCUCAAAAGCCUAACCGCAAGGCAGCGGUGUUUGGCGGGGAAAUGCGAAUGCAUUACCAUUUCUACGGAACAAGUCGCCACAUGUUCCAACCCCCAACCUGGAGGGCCAGGAGACCGGUGUGAGAGACUCUGUGAGUGUCGCGGGACACUCUCCAGUAUAGCUCAAUGGAUUGCUGAGGUGCGCAAACCGUCACACCACGGUAAGGCCCAGUCUCUUCGUGACACAGGGCAACAGCUGCUCCCAUCCCAGCUUGAAUUAAUCGAGAAAGAUGUGCAUUCCCGAGAAGUCUGCACGGCAGAAGUCUCGAACUCACGUUUGAGGUUCGGGAUUCCUGGCCCAAUAGCGGAUGAAAUGAAAUGUCAGCACACAGUGGGCACUGUGUCCUAG